AUGAAUUUACCUGAAGAGUGUUGGGAAUCGAUCUUCAAACUCAUCGAUGAAGAUGAUUAUCGUUUCCUGGAAUCUGUUUCACUCGUAUCGACCUCGUUCCUCUCCAUCACCAACUGCGUUCGCUCAACUCUCAUCAUCACCGAUCGCACUGUUCCAUUUCUCCAUCGGUAUCUCCUUCGCUUCCCGAAUCUGAAGCGAAUCAGGUUCUAUGAUAUGCACAAGGACAUCGAUUCGGUUCUUCUCCAGCUCUCACUUUCCGGUUUGGCUUUGGAAUCGCUCGAUCUGUCGGGAAUGCCGUAUUUUCCAGAUUUUGGGAGAUUUGGGAUGGAGAAGAUGAUGAGUAAUGUGAAGGAAUUGAACUGCUCUAGAGCUUCGGAUUUGCAGGAAAGCGAUCUGGAAUCGAUCGGAGUUUGUUUCCCAUCUCUCCAGAAGCUGGAUAUAAGCUAUCCCGACUCUCUCGAGAGCUCCGUCUUUGAUUCUGCGAUUAUCAGUCUUUCCUCAAAUCUCAAGGGACUGUUGAAGAUCGACGUCUCCGGUAACAACCUCAUCACUGAUAAAUCUCUGAUUUCUCUAUCGAAGAACUGUGUCCUCCUGAGAGAAAUCAUCUUCCGUGACUGCGAUUUCAUUUCGUCCCAUUGCAUCGAAUCCGUUCUCCGCAAUUCUCGGAAUCUGGUUUCUAUUGUGAUCACCGGAUUCGGAUGGAAGCCGAGGGAGUCAUUCUCCGACGAUGCCUUCGUAUUCGCUCGUUGUUUGUCUCAGCUUGAUCUCACCGGCUCGUUUCUCUCCGAUGAGCUGAUCCGUUCGAUUGUCGAUGCCAAGUUUCCACUAAAGAAGCUUGUUCUCGCCGAUUGCGUCAGUCUCACUUUUGAUGGGCUCUUGAAUUUGCUGUCGAAAUACCAAACACUGGUUCAUUUGAAUCUUGCAGGAUCAAGCUUCCUCUCUGAUGAGAUGAUAGUGAAAUCGCUGACGUUCCUUAGGCACUUAACCUCUGUGAACCUCAGUUUCUGUGCCAAGUUAACUGGUCUAACGUUCUUCAACAUCAUCGAAGCAUGUGUUUCCAUUAAGAGCAUGAGAAUGGAAGGAACCAACUUCGGAGUGGAAGAAGAUUCCAAGGAACUGGAUAUCAAGUCAGGGAUCAAGACUCUGUACAUAUCUGGAAACCACAACUUGAGCGAUAAGUGUCUCGAGAAGGUAUCACGCCAUUGCCCUUUCGUAGAGACUCUGAUAAUGGAUCAUUGUCCAGGCGUCACGGGAGAUGGGAUUCUUGAAGUUUUGAGGAACUGUGGCGAGCUAACAUCUUUGGAUAUAAGCGGAUGCAGUGGCGUAAGCAGUCUUGGUGUAGUAGACUUCGAGCUUCCAAAGUUGGAGUCUUUACGAGCAUGUGGGACUUCAAUCGACGACGAAACCUUACAUAUGAUGAGCAAAAGAUGUCGAGGGUUGUUGCGUCUUGAUCUGGAUGGAUGUUUGAAUGUGAGGUCAAGAGGUGUGAAGGAAGUUGUGAAGAGCUGCAUACGUUUAAGGGAGAUAAACCUUAAUUGUUGUGAAGUUGAUGGUGGAACUUUCACUUGGAUGGUUUGUGCAAGUCCCUCCCUUAGGAAAAUCGUUCCUCCAUGUGGGUUUUCUCCGACUAGAAAACUCAAGAACUUCUUGCUGCGUCAUGGAUGUGUACUCUACCGAGAUACAUAUGGCAUGCGUUCGAUAGCAUACAAUCCCAAUAGAAGUGGUGGUGACAACUUUGAGUAA